UCGUCAUUGAAUUUCAAUCUCCGUGCACAUGUAUACGUUCAGGGUCAGUGACUAAUUCAUUUUUAACAUAGUUGGCUUCAAAUUGCGAAUUGUGAUACAUUGCGAUAUACCCAUUUUUUAUUUGUUCGGUUGCCUAGGCUAUUUGUCAAAUUGUAAAUACAGAAAUACAUGUACUAUAACAUAAGUGGCAAAACGUGUUAGUUAGCUUCAUUCAAGCUAACGUUAAUUGAUCAACGGAGGCGUCCAAGGAUCAAUAAUCACAAUGUAUGUACAACAGCCACUAAAACGUGUGUGUUUCUGUGUAUAGUUUAGUCAUAUAGUCCCCCCUUUGCCAUGCUUUUAAUACUAGCAGGUUUAAGGCCAGCAUUACUAAAACAUAAGCCAGUAAAUGUUCUGGUGAAGGCAUGUCUAUGCUCGGCAGCCAAGGCUGAUGGUGAUACCACCACCAACCCAGGGAAACCACCACAAUUAGCAAAGAAGAAAUGGAGAAAGAAGUUCAGGAACAAGCCUGCAUCAAAUGAACACCUGCCCUGGGAGGAGAGACUGGCCGACUCUGUCACUCCUCUGUGGCGGCUGAGUUACGACGAACAACUCCAGCUGAAACAGAAGCACCAGGAGAGGAUCCUACUACAGCUCUCAGAUCAACUCUUAUGUGGAGAGUCGACCCAACAUAAGGCCUUGACACAAUCUUCUUCCCCACCCAGGAGUACCAAACUCAGCUUCCCUCUGCUACCUAUCUUACCGUCACCUGUCAGGGACGGCUACCGCAACAAGUCUACCUUCUCGGUCAACCGUGGGGUGGAUGGCAACCCUAAGACGGUGGGGUUCUACGUGGGAACGGGCAAAGCGGGAAACAUUGUGUGUGUGAAUGGGGACCACCUCCUCAACAUGCCCGAGAGACACAAGCUGGUGGCCAGGUGCUACCAGGACUUUCUCCGCCUGUCAGCCCUUGAUCCCUGUCUGCUGUUCCACAACGGAGGCCACUGGAGGGAGGUGACAGUGAGGACAAACGCAGCGGGCCACACCAUGGCCAUCGUCUACUUCCACCCACAGAGGCUCACCCCGGAGGAGAUAGAGGUCCAUAAGUCCUGCCUGGUGGAGUACUUUACCCAGGGGCCUGGUGCCAUCUGCCAACUAGACUCCCUGUACUUCCAGGAGAGCUCCAUGACCCGCUGCAGCCACGAGCAAUCCCCCUACCAGCUGCUGCAUGGCCAGCCACACAUACACGAGGAGGUUUUGGGGUUCAAAUUCCGCAUCUCAGCAGACGCCUUCUUCCAGGUGAACCAAGGGGCGGCGGAUUUGCUUUACCGCACAGUGAGAGAGAUGGGCCUCCCGAAUGGAGCUCGAGAGGGAGGAGGAGGGGGCACACUCUUGGACGUGUGCUGUGGAACGGGGGCCAUCGGUAUCACCAUGUCCCCCAGAGCGGACAGGGUCAUCGGGAUAGAACUCAUCCAGCAGGCCGUGGAAGAUGCCAGACACAACGCAGCCCUCAACCAGAUCCAGAACUGUGAGUUCCUCCCGGGGAAAGCCGAGGUAGUCCUUCCUGGGCUCAUGGAGGUCCUGGGCUCCACCACCGACUCUGGAGGCCCCCUCACGGCUGUGGUGAACCCAGCCCGCGCUGGCCUGCAUUAUCGUGUGAUCCGGGCUCUAAGGAAUCACUCAUCCAUCCGCAGGCUGCUCUAUAUCUCCUGCAAACCCGAAGGAGAGGCCAUGAGGAACUUCAGGGAGCUGUGUUGCAGUCCCGACCCACAUAGGAAGCUGACAGGCGAGGCUUUCAGGCCGACUGUGGCUAUACCUGUGGAUAUGUUCCCUCACACGCCACACUGCGAACUGCUGCUGGUCUUUGAAAGAUAGUUACUACCACUAUAACUUCCAUAUCAAGUUGUUCUAAUUCUUACACAUAGUGAAUGUUGUCCUCUGGAUUGUGUGAUGACUACAGAGAUAAAACAGUCAAAUCAGUGGAAAGUCAAUUCCAAAACCUCUCAAAAAGGACAGUGAUUAUUACUUAAAAAUACAAAUGCUGAGAGCUUUUCAAUGUCAUGUAGAAUGAGAAUGAAAGUUGUAUGUUAUUCAGAGACAGAUACGAGUCUGCAAGUCUUAUGAGGGGGUUGUGUCACUAUAUCCUACAGCAGCAGUGAAGCAAAACAUUUCCUGCCUUAUGUGAAUGUAUCAAAAUGCAAGAGUAAAUGACUAAAAUGUAAAUGUAGAUUCUACGCUAUCUUCCUGUCUUCUGUGUUUGAAUGAGGCAUAUGCACAUGCUGUAUUUCCUCUGUUAAGUCAUGUUACGUCCCUGAACUGUGUAGGCAUAAACUCUAUAUAUCUACACUAGGUGGUGCUAUGGAGUGAAAUGGUCCAACUAUAAUCUUCUACUGUGUAGCCUUCAGUUACGGUACCCAUCUUACAUUAUUGCUGACAUACAAGACAGAAGGUACCCUUAAACUAAAUAAUCUUGAUCAACUAUGGUGGAAUCUAUGGUAUUUGAUCAGUUCUCCCUUCUAAAAACCCAUAGUUAACAUAGAACAAAUACAUUAUGGACAUAUUUGGCAAGGUUGGGGUCAAUGCAGGAAGUAAGCAAUUUUCAGUCCCACUUUAAAUGAAGUACAACUUACAAAGUUUAGCAUACAUAAAUACUUAAUAAGCACUACAUAAAUGCUUCACAAAUCAUAUAUACAGUUGAAGUCGGAAG